GUGAUUAUUACAAAAUUUCAAAUAGUUUUGCUAAAUCAGAAAUCGUAUUUAAUGUUUAUUUUCACCAUAGAAAUGUGUUACUAGUGUCUUGUAAAGAAACAUACAUUCUUAUGCUUACCCAAAGAAUUAGGUUAAUAGUAGUUGAAAAUACUUAAAUAUAUUAUGAUGGAGAAACUAGAUGAAGGUUGUACAAUAAUUAAAAAUUCUGGAAAUCACCACAAACGUAAAAUGUUUAAUUUAAGAAAAUUGCGGUUGUCUUUAAAGUAUAGGCCUAAAGUUUAUGAAUUAAUAUUGAAAAUGAGGCAAUAUAUACGAAAGAAAAAUGUCUUACUGAAUAAGUUCAAGUGCUUAAUUAAAGAAAAGAAAAUAAUCGAAACUGAAAAUUCACAUGCACAAACGAGCACAGAAACUAUAAAAAAGAAAGUUUCAAAUAACAACAAAAAUAUCUCUAUGAAAGAUUCAUACACUCAAACAAUCGCAUCUGAUGAGAAUAUAUUAAGUAAGGAAAGCAAUGAAGCGACUGCCUGGACAGUUGACAAUACAACAAGCGAGAAGAGUAUAGCCGAACAAGUAAAAGAAGCAGCUCAGAGUGCUCUACAAGAUUCGGGGAUGGUAUUUGUUGAAUCAAUGGGAAUGUACUAUGAUUAUAAGACUGGCUAUUAUUAUAACUCUGAACUCGGUCUCUAUUAUCACACUGACACGGGCUGCUAUUAUUAUUAUUCAGAUGAGAAGAAGUCCUUUGUUUUUCACUCGUAUCCCGACAAAAGUGCUGACAAUAUCGCGUUUGAAGCACACGAAAAGAGGAAAGCUAGGAAGCAUAAAAAGGCAGCUAAAUCUGAUGGUAUAGAAAACCUGACGAAACAAUUGAAUCAGGACAAUGAAGAAGGCAGUGAGCCGAAACGUAAGAAGAAAGAAAAUGUUAAGCAAAAAGACUUUAAGGAUAUAGAUGGGAACGGGAAAAGUGAUGGCUUUGUACAAGAUUCCGUGAUGAAAGAUGACCUGGAAGAUGGUGAAUGUAGCGAGAGCUCGGACGAUGAGAAUGUUGAGUCUGAUGCGAGUACGGCCUCUCAGAGUGAUGAUGACUCGGUAGCCAAACAUCAUCCUCCGUGUAUGCGUAUCAUAGUGCGAGAGACCAGUCUACAGAAACUGAAAGUCGGGAGUCUGUUUGUGAUCACUAAAGAUGGCGGCAGUGUCGGCCGCGAGGGCAGUGACCACGCCUUCCUACUGAGAGAUCAUAACGUAUCCCGAAACCAUCUGGAUAUAAAAUAUGACAUGAACAGAAGAAUGUACGUCGCUAUUGAUUUGGGAUCCAAGAACGGCACCAUACUUAACGGGAACCGGAUGUCGGAGAGUCAGACGGUCAGCCAGCCGAUGGAGAUAGUCCACGGCAGCACUCUGCAGCUCGGCGAGACCAAGCUGUUGUGUCACGUCCACCCUGGCAACGACACGUGCGGUCACUGUGAACCUGGCCUCAUCAUGGAAUCUCUAGAUAAAGAGAAGGUGGCGUACACGAGGACCUGCAGCGUUCAGAAACAGUAUCAGCUGGAAUUGGCCAGGUUAAAGAACAAGUAUGCCCCAACACCACUCGCCAUAGAGGAGACGGCUUACAACGAUCGAGCCAGAACGAGGCGGGAGACGGUCGGGUCCUCACAUCACUCCGAGAAGACGGUGGCCAGUGACGUGCACACAUUCAUUGCACCAGAAAACAAGGGUUUCAAGCUGUUAGAGAAGAUGGGCUGGUCGAAGGGCGAAGGACUCGGCAAGGACUCUCAAGGGGACCAGGAACCGAUUCCUAUGAUCAGCAACGAAGGUAAGUCUGGUUUGGGUGCAGCCAGCGAGCCUGUCAAGGUGAUCUCCAAAUCCCUCGGACCUGCCACACUCCGCCUCGCGACACGCACCAAGAUGUUACAACCACCAGCCAAGGCUUUUCAGCCCGAAGAUGAAGAGGAAUCUGAAUAAGUUUAUUAUACUAGCAUAAUACGUACUAAUAGCUAUUUAUUUUUUCGAACAUUUUUUUUUGUUAUAAAAAAUUAAUUAUUCUUUUAUGAACUUAACAAAAGUCUACGUCAAUGCUCUGUAAUAUAACUGUAUUAUAUUUUAUUAUAUAUGUAUAUAAAUAUCUCUUAUAAUAUAAGCAGUUGAUGUAAAUAAACAUGUUUGAAGUUG